CCGCCAAUUGCAAGUCUGUCACGUGAUAUUCUGGCGUAGGCCAGCGGUUUUACAAGUCAAACAAACAUGGCGGCUUAGAAAUGGCGCCGAUUUCACUCAAAGACAACAGAAUUCAAGAUAUUGCUGAAGAUUUUGUCGAACAGCUCACUGGCUUUAAGAGAGCUAGCCGCAACUUUAAUCUUUCUGUCCAGUUUGCGGUGUCAAAUUUUCGGUACCACAGAUAUCUGGAUGUUGAUGGCUUUAAAGUAUCUCAUGCAUUAGAAGGUGUCGAGCAGAAAUUUGUGGUACAUUCUCAGUCUGAGAAGGCAACAGCUUUUCAUGAUCUCUGUGAAAAAUUCCUUUCGACCCCAUUAAGCGACACAGAGGAAAAUGUCAAAACAGACAGUCACUUUUCUUUGCUACUUCUUCUGCUGCAACUAUCAGACUCACCAACUCACACAGAGUACAAACCACCAGAAAAGUUAGAAGAGUUGAAUGAUGAAGAUGAUUUUGAUUGGAAAGCUUAUCUUCUUGGCGAUGCAGAGGAGGAGAUAAUUGGAUUGCCUCAGGAGAAUUCUAAUGUGAUUUGGUCAGAUGAUGAGGAGACAAAGGAUGAGUUUUAUGCUGCCAAUGAUUCGGGGAUGGGCAGCUCCACACCGGCUGAUGCUCAAGAAUUGACCCUGAGAAAUGCCACCCUUGUACAUCAUGUGACUUCCCCCCCUGAAAAGGGUCAAAGCUGGCUUCUGGAGCAGAUAACUAACCAGUACUGGGAAGAUUACUCCCCUAACGCCUACGAAGACAUUGCUAAUGUUACCCUGGGGCAUUGUUCUCUUUCUACUGUAUGGGAGAGUCACCAGUGUUCACAAAACCCAUUUGCUCAGACUACGGCAAGACAGCUGACAGAAACUCAACUGGUCAGAGAGACUCUUUGGAUGCUAUCUGGUGUUAACUCCUCAUAUGUGUACAGUAUCCAUGGUAAUAAGGUUGAUGUCAAUGGCAACCUUAAAGUGUCUCAUUUGUCUAAGGAAUCCUUAGCCAUCCUCCUAACCAAAUUUGCUGCUGUUGGAGCUAAAACCCACGAGCUCCUGAGCUUUGUUGGGGAGAUUUUAAGUGACACUGGUACAACCAGACAGAGUGAUGUCAAACCGACACAAACUGCCCAGGCAUUUGCCGCAACACUGUCAAACUACAUCAAGGAUUACAAGAAAUGUCUCACAAAGCUUCAAAAGGAUAUCAUUGACAAAAAAUGUCCUGUAACACUAGUUAACCUGCAUGAUACACUCAAGCAGCACCACGAGGAGAUCUUCUUCCUGUACGACAUUUAUCACGAAGGCAUGGCCUCUUCUGGAAAUUUUUCUCCUUCACAGCAAACCUGUCAUUUGCUGGAUGUGUUCUACAGCACUAUGUGUUCAUUUGAUGCCAUUGGAGCAUGUGCCAGACCUAAGGUUGCUUUAUUGCUGUGCCUGUUUUUGGAUACUCUUCGUCCUUGCAUGGACUUCAUUAACUACUGGGUGACAUCGGGCGAGAUGCAGGACCCACACAGCGAGUUCUUCAUACAGAAAAACGCUUCCAUGUCGGUUGAGAGCACUGCAUUCUGGGAGAAAGGGGUGACUCUUCGCAGUGAGAUGAACUCCCAAGGCUCUCCAAAUAUGGUUCCUUGUUUUCUUGAGGAUCAUAUCAAACAGAUCCUCGUUGCUGGAAAGUCUGUGUCUCUCAUUCAGGAACUUGGCAAGAUGGCGGAAAUGUUCGGGACAAGAAAUGUCGGCUCUAUGUAUGAAGAUUUCGUGGCGUCCCUUACUGAUGCCAUCUUGAAACGAAGUAUGCCGCACUCAGAAGAAUGGAAUCAUGAUAGAAAACAAGACAGCCAAUCAGAGACCGACCCUCUCGACCUAGUCUCUGGCCGUGCCGUCCUUAGCACAACGCGUGAUAUUGGUGAUCCAAUACUGCGCAUGGCACUGCUUGUAUCCAUGGAUACACCCGUCCAAGUCAGUAACAUGUCAAACAGAUUCAGCGACAAAAAGCGACAGAGCCUUUGUUCAGGCAUAGAAUCGGUUCUGGUUCCAGUUGAUCGUCUCUUCAAGACAUGUUUAGCCCCACUGGUGCAGACAAAAUACACAGAGGCCUGUGGUGCACUUAUCCGCUUGCUUAAAUCCGAAUACGACUUGACCCGUCAUCUCGCUGCUAUGAGGAAUUUCUUCCUGCUUGAGGCUGGUGACACUAUGCAGCAUUUCUACUGUGAUAUCUUCAAGAAGAUCUGCCGUCACCAACCGUGGCAGGACACUUCAAAUCUGAACUCGUUACUGCAGGAGGCACUUAGAGACAAGUAUCCGGACGCCGUGGAGAGGGUCGCUGUGAACGUCUCGCCAAACACAAGUGGCUUCAAGGGUUCAGCGGUGCAUUGUUUGCAAGGAAUGACGCUUCAUUACAAGGUGCCUUGGCCAGUGAGUGUCGUGAUCGACGAAGCAUGUCAGAGGAAGUACAACCAAGUCCUGCUCUUCCUGCUUACCCUCAAGCGCGCCAAGUGGAGUCUAGACAAGCUACGAUUCACUGAUCUGACUGGCGAGGCAAGGCGUCGCCGCGUCAACAGUGAUGAAGAUGAUGACGAAGAUGAUGAUGAUGAACCUCAUAGUUCCAUUGGUCAAAUUGAUCGCUCACUUGUGCACCGGAUGCAUCUACUUCGCUUUCGGUUACUCCACUUUGUCAACAGCCUGCAUAACUAUAUUAUGACAAGGAUACUUUAUACCACUGGACUCGAGUUUCAAGACGACUUGGCAAAGGCCAAGGACUUCGAUGACGUCAUAGCUGUUCACGCUGGCUACGUCAGCAAGGUUUUUGAACGUUGUCUUCUCAAUGAGAAGGUUGGUUUUGUUAAGGAGGCCAUCACUAAAGUUCUCAAUGUCGCCCUGAAUUUCCAAUCCAUGUGGGAUACAGGUGUCAAGGGCAUAAGUGACAGUCGGCAGUCUCGCAUCGAGACGGAAUUCUCUAAGUGCAAUCACUUCGUCGUUACCUUUUUACACAAUCUCGUUAAACGAGGCGCCUUUCCCCACUUGGAGGCACUAGCCUACUCACUCUCCGGUGAGACAGGAGAUGCUGUAAACUAAGGAACAAAAACAGAUUAUGAUAGCGUAGAAUAUAAGAGUAAACCAUAACACGCAAUAAGAAGCAAGACAACACAGCUUUAUUUGUAAUCUUAGCCUUACUUGUAAAACAUGCGAAAUGUUCUAUCUGCCUGACUGCCCUCCACAUUUACAGAUAUGUUCUCGUAUCACUAAGGUGCAAUUUCUCUUAAUUAAAGAGCAAUAAAAUAACAUUAGAUGCAAACGAUUCACACAAAAGCAUCUAUAAGUCUACAAAAAUGACGUCUCAGUCUUUUAGCCUAGUCCAAGAAACUGCUACCAGUCCUGAAUGUCUCCUAUAUAGGAGUCACGUGCGUUUAACGGGGUCAAAGUCCAACAAAUCGUAAACAACCCGAGAAAGUUCGGACAAGUAAAGAAGCGUGCGCUUCGUAUAAACAAAAUGGUGACAAGAAAGCAUUGUGCUCAUGGCGCCUGUAGCAUACGCUUAUGGCCUUGGUUGCUUUUUGAAAGUCUAGUGAGUUCAUUAUCCGAUCUUCGUUCCGCUCGUGCAACUUUGUCACUUGUGAAACAAACAAGGCAGCUCGUCAGUUACCAUGUGUGGCGCUGGCGUGGGCUUUUUUUGAAGCGCGUUCAUAUCCUCAACUUUUGAUUCAAAUUCCUCAUAACCGCAGAUUCGACAUGCAACUGCAUUAAGCAAGUACUUUCGGUAAGGCCAAUUUUAGCCAUAGCGUCGAGUAUUAGUUAAGAAGAUACUCUGCGCUCACAUGUUGAAAAGGAAUAAUUUCUUUAGUUUUCAAGUUAUCUUUAAAAAAUACUCUCGAAUUGACUAUCUGGAAUUUAUUCUUGUGCAACACUGGUCCCCUUGCCCCUCUCAAACAAGUUGCCUUAGGGUUUGGACUUAGCAGGGGGCGUAACUUCGGGGAUGGAUCUUUGUAGGAAAGAUUGCAUUCAUUUUUUCAAAGAUUGCGAGGACAAUUUUGGCGCAAAAUAAAGAUUCAUCAAUCGCCAAGUUUGACAGGUCAGUUUAAGGCCGACAAUUCGUGUGCUUCAAGCUGGAGUAUUGUUAGGUGUUACUUAAGAAUUUAGAAAAAAAUUCAUCGCGCAGAUUUCGAGAUUUUUAUUUUAGUAUAAAAACAUUGCCUCUAUUUAACUUGCAUGAAAAAUGAUAAAUUGAUUUCCAAUAAGAGUGAAUCUAGCGGAAUCUGAUAAAGCAUAGAUGUAUUAAUAAAAUAAUUACAAAAAUUGAGCCGAAAAUGAGUCUUCUACAGGGAACUUGGCAUAAACUGUUUAGCAAAAGCAGUGAAUUGAACUUGAAGAUGACUUCACCUAUAUCAAUCCUUUAUUCUGAUUGGCUGAGUUUUUGUUUUGGUCUAAUAAAAAGCGUCUUCUAUAUAGGAGACAUUCAGGACUGGUUACCGGGUUUCCUGUAUUGGGGAUGAAGCUUGGGGUCUGAGACGAGCUUCCUUUGACGUCACAACUCUUUUAACCACAAGAGACCCGGGCUAGGACUCCUCGGACGGGGGAUGUCUAGCCUUUGAAAUGUGAGGUUGGCUCAGAGAAAUAUGCAUACAAUUAUUGGUUGUCGCAACAAAGCUUAUUGUCAAAUAAAAAAUUGUCAAAUAUGA